AUGAUUCCGAAACCGCGUCAAGAUUCUGAAGAGAAAUCUCUUGAUGAGCAGCUGGAACUGUUACAGCAGGAGAAAAUUGCCGAACUAAUAGUAACGAAUGAGGCGACCGAGAAUCAGUUGACAAAUUUAACAUUCGAGUCGAACGAUGUGAUCAGUUAUCUGAAAAAGUUGGUGGAAGAGAAAGACGAAGAGAGCGAUCACUUUCAGACAGCUAGAUUGGAGGAAAUGUUAGAUGAACAGAUGAAGGAAUCGGAUAGAAAAUUUAAGAAUCAUAGAGAAAAUUACGAGUUGGAAGAAAAAAAAUUGAAAGAGGAAAUCGAAAAGUUGAAGAGUGAAAUGAGUAUAAUGGAUACCCAAUUAGGAAAUCAACAUAGAAUUGAAUUGGAAAUAAUUGAAAUGGGUGCAAAAUUAAAUUCAUUGCAAGCAGUUGUGGACCAACAAGAAGAAACAAUUCGAAGGAAGGAGGCUGAAGAACGAAGUGUUAAAAUUGCAGCGAUUGAACAAGCCCGAGCUGACCUGAGUGCAGAAUUCGAACAAGCGGUUGCUGAAAUUCGAGCAGAGGCAAGUUUGGAGAGCAAAGGACACACACUGAUGAAUAAUCAAGUGAUGGAACACUUGGAAUUGGAACUGACAAGAAAGAAACAAGACGUUCUGCGAAUGGAACAGUUAUUAGAAGAGAAACAGUUAGAAUUGGAGGGAGAAAUGGAGAAGACAAAGGAGAGGGAGGAAGAGAAUCUGAAAUUGAGAAGCUUGUUGGAGAAGAGCGGGCAAACUGUAAGUGACCGAAUUUCUACACUACAGGGUGGGGCAAAACAGGAGUGCCAAACUGAAAAAGCGCUGAAAGAUAGUAAGAAACGACUGGAAGAAUCUGAGAACAAAAGGAAAAGCACUAUGGAAAAAUAUGUGCAGAUUGAAAAUGAUUUGAAUGCCAAGGUGAGAGGAAGUUUGCUGGAUGAUGCCUUGCAAAAUGUGGAGAAGUCUCAGAAGGUGACGUCACUUCUCGAAGACCGAUUGCUCAGAGAACAACAAACAAGGAAAUCAACUAUUGAUGCUCACAAGGCUCAGAAUAAGAAGAUUGAAGAGCUAAAGGUGUUCUUUAAGGAUGUUCUAUCCAGUGAAGAAGGAUUGUUGGAUGAAGUUAUCAAAGAGAAUCGGAAUGCUGUCUUUGCUCAUCUAGCUCUUAUCAUUUCUAGAAUCCCAAUUGUGAAAUGA